AAGCUGAACAAUAGCUGAAGACGUCUUUCAGGUUAAAGAGUGAAUGUCGUUUAAAGUGUUUUGAAUGGUGUACAAACAGAACCAACGAGAGAGUGAAAGAUGUGUUUCAGUAACUACUAGCUGGCUCGUCUCACCUUCAGAGUAUUCAUUCAUGUAACAAACAGGGAGAUAAUUGGCUAAUACAGUUUGUGUAUGCUAUGAAAGAUCAGGAUUUUUAACUGAUGUGAAGUAGUAAUAAAUAAUUUAUACUAAAUUCUCACAAUCACAGAGGUUUCACACAUCCUAACAUGGGCUCCACCUUGAUUUUAAAAGUCAGAAUAUGCCUAAAACCACUACAGCCUUUCUUCCACCAAGGAACUUCAGCUUUUCUCACCAUAAACACUCCUGUGUCAUUAGUGGUGCCUCCCACUGUACGCUUUCUGUGUACCAGACACACAAACUAUAACCCUGCCCGCAGCAAAGAGACAGAUAGGAGGAACAACAAACAGACCAACAGACAGGCCGGAGGGAAUCAUGGCACUAACAGAUGGGCGGAGGAGGAAUUGUGGGAUGGUACAGUGGAGAGAAGAGGUAAAAAGGAGCAGUCUUUCCACAAAUCUGUGUUCGCUGCUGGAACGGCGAAGAGGACGGCAGAGAUGCUGAAGAGGAAAGCACCCAUGGCCCAUGAGGAUGAGAAUGAGGAGCGUGUCAGGGGGGAGCCUGUCAGGAGGGAGAGCAGAGAAGCAGGGAAGAUGCAGCCUCCUGAGCACCCGCUGUCUCCUGCUGAGUGGAGGAAGCUGAAGGAGUCUCAUGGAAAUAUGCAACGUUUUGACAUCAGGAUGAUGAAUGCACUGUUCUCCUCUGGGGCCCAGCUGGAUACUGCUAAGUCCUUGCUGACUUUUGUAGCCAUGGAAACUGGAACGCUAUCCUAUGAGCUGUUACUACGGUACCUGACACUUUGUGUGAGAGGUGGCCACGAAGCAGAGGUCUUCGAUGUCUAUGACAUCAUGCGAGGAAGUUUCCCCUCUCUGGACACAGGGGCCUCCAGCCUUUUUAUCAAGUCCUUCAGCCAGACAGUGAGGUGGAGGGAGGCUAUCGACAUACUGCAGGAGGUUAAGAAGGUCUUUACCCCAUCAACUCGUAACUACGGUGACAUCAUCACUGCAGCAAUGCUAAAUGGUGACACGACCACCGCCUGGGCCCUUUAUGAUGAGUUAAUUGAAAACGGAUUGAGCCCACACCAGGAAACCUGGGACGCUCUGUUUAAGAGAGUGACCAAUAGUAAGGAGGAAGAGGGGCAGGGAGCAGAGGUCAUGUCUGACACCGAGCACCAGGAGAGGCUGCUGGGGAUUCUGCUCUACAUGAGGAAUAACCAGAUCUACUCCCAGCAGAGCCUCACCAGCACCAUCAAGACCUGGUUUGAGAGCCUCUCAGGGGAGAAAUGGACGGGAAGUUGGACCAAGGCCACUCCAAAGGGUGUGUGCAGGUGUUGUGGGACACAGUUGGAGUCCAUCCAGCUGACUGCGGAGGAGUACCAGCAGCUGAAAGACAGAGUCAUGACAGACAUCAUUCAAGGCCGAGAUGUUUUCAAAAAGACCACACCAGAGGAGUUGGAGAGGUUCAAAGCAUUUGUGAAGAGGAAACCAGCUUUUGACGUGGUUAUAGAUGGCCUGAAUGUAGCAAACUCCAACAAGGACAAAUGCAGGCAGUCAGAGACGUUGUUGGCAGUGGUGUCGGAGCUCGAGCGUCAAGGCCUGAGUGUUCUGGUGUUGGGGAGGAAACACAUGCUACGGCCCUCCAGAUCCUGGGACAAAAACGACAUGAAACUUAUCCAGCAGAAAGCUCACUGCUUCUUUACUGAAAACAUUUCAGAGGACGACCCCUUCCUGCUCUAUGCCUCGUUGAAUUCUGGAAACCACUGUCGGUUUGUGAGCAAGGACCUGAUGAGGGACCACAAGGCCUGCCUGUCCGAUGGAGCCGCCAGACGGCUCUUCUUCAAAUGGCAGAGAGGGCACCAGCUGGUGGUGUACGGAACUGUCACAGCAGGCAGGAGGGUUCGAUUUCAGAUCAUUCCCAGCUAUGACACCAUCCUCCAGACUUCAAGAGACUCGUGGCACAUCCCUUACGAUGACACAGAGGACAGGAGCACUCAUGAAGUACCUCAGAGAUGGCUCUGCCUCAUCAAAACGCCCUGAAGUCACACAUGUAGAGUAGUACUAGUAUUGUAUUUUUGAUGUUGAAUAAUUUCUGAGUCAUAUUCAUCAUGACUUGUGGACUUGUAAAUAAAAC